UACGGUUGCUAAUGCGCGUGCGGAGGUAAACGUAAACGGUUGCUUUUGUUUUCAAAUGUCGAGCGAACCGGUGAGGUUACUCCGUGUCUACGUGCCAAUUAGAGAUUGAAAGAUUGCGGGGAAAUAACUGAAAGUGAAGGCUUCGAUCACUGAUUCAAAAUAUUAAUACAGUCGCAAAAUGUCCAGCAUAUUCAAUUUGUUAGGCGGACUCGCCGAGCCUGACGAAGGUCAGAUAAAGCCCAUGGAACGAUCCAAAACGUCUCACGAGAUUAGAUUGAAUUCCUUAAAGACGAUGGGAGGUACAAAACCAAAGGGGCUUUCAAUAAGAUCUACCUCUGAUAUGAAUAUAUCGAGCAUAUCUUCGACCAAGAAAAGUAUGCAUGAUAAAGAACAGGAUUGUUCAAAGUUGAAAGUAACGCAAGUAGAUUAUCACGGACUUCCAAUAUCUCCUGGAAAGCAAACGCCAGCAAAGAAACUAUUUGCACAGUCACCCAAGCUUAAAGAGUUCGUGCUGAAAGAAGCUACUAAUAAAUCUACAAAAAAGCAAUUAAACGAUGGUGUUUUUAAGAAACCAUUGCUCCUUAAGAAGAAUAUUAGAAGAACCCCCAAAUCGGAAACACUGGCGCAUUGGUGUGACCCCCAACAUGAUUUUGAUUACGGAUACAUUGAGGCUGUAGAAAAAGAAUUUAAAGAUUUGCUCUCUAAGGAGAAAGAAAACAUAAAGCCUUGCGAAAAAAAUGUGCUUGCGUCAGAUUCAGAAAACGUGCUCUUGCUAGAUAUUCCGAAACUUGUUGUCGAUAAAUCUCCCAUUGAAGAGCUUCUCUCUCCCGACUUAGCCGAAGUGUUUGAUAUAUCUGACAACGAAAAUCUGUAGUGAUAUAACUGUAACAAGAAUUAUUUUAAUUUUAUAAUUUCAUAAUUGCUUUUUUGUAAGAGUGGAUAUUCAAGACCCAACUAGUAUUAUAAUAAUUUAUUUUCUGCAAUUGAUAUGUAUUUUUGUAUUUAUAUCGUUAGAACACACUAUAAUAAUUAAGUACUCAUUAAGUUACAUUAAAUCAAUAAAAAAAAGAUUUGACGAAUGUGUAGUUUACAUCACGAUAUUUAUAUGUAUAACAAAGAUAACAUAAUUUAGGUGCUUUUUGAGUCUUUAUGUAAUGAGCUCGCAGUCAUUUUAAUUACUAUAAGUGUUCUUUUAUU